AUGCCGGGGUUUGAUCCACUCCUGGGGCUGAGUCGGCCCAGCAACGCUGCGUUGUACCGUCGGGAGUGCUUGAGUCAUGAGUGUCCGAAGCAGAUCCAUGAGAUCAAGGACUUCCUCCUCACAGCCAGGAGAAAAGAUGCCAAGUCCGUCAAGAUCAAGAAGAACAAGGACAAUGUGAAGUUCAAGGUGAGGUGCAGCCGGUACCUGUACACCCUGGUCAUCACGGACAAGGAAAAGGCUGACAAACUCAAGCAGUCCCUGCCACCAGGCCUGGCUGUCAAGGAGUUGAAGUGA